GUUUGUGAAAGUCCCGAAGGCAUCAUUGUGUGACGUAACAGAAUUAGACAUGGCGUCCUCCCAUGGACGGCUGAUGUGCUUACGCUCCGGGGUUUGGAGUUUGAUAUUUUAUUCUGUCUACUGUCAUUUAAAGCUGGUUCUGGCUGAAGAAUUGGAUAGCUGCGACAACCUCAGACUGGGACAGUAUCUCUGCAAAGAUCCCAAGAUAGAUGAAUCCACCCAGGAGCCGGAGAACUGCAGGGACACUUCGGCCUGGGUUGAGUGCCUCCCAGCUCCGAACAUCAGCUGUCGGCUCUAUAACGGGACAGAGUUCAGGUUUAGCGGGGAGGAAGUGGGCUUCAACAAAACCAUCCCCUGCAGAAAUGUGAGUGGGUAUUCCUACAAAGUGGCUGUGGCUUUAUCUCUGUUCCUGGGCUGGCUGGGAGCAGACCGCUUCUACCUGGGAUACCCUGCUCUAGGACUGUUGAAGUUCUGCACGGUUGGUUUCUGUGGAAUCGGCACUCUGAUUGACUUCAUCCUGAUCGCCAUGCAGAUCGUGGGUCCAGCAGAUGGAUCAAACUACAUUGUGGAUUAUUACGGCGCCCGGCUGACCCGCCUGUCCAUCACCAACCAAACCUACAGGAAGCCACAUCUGACCCUGUGAACACUCCUAGAUCGCCUCACAACCGGUGCCAGGUACACUGCCCAUCAUAAACAGAGAAAACUUCAUACGACAGAGGGUCCUCUCGACUUCCUCUACAUCCACAGUUUAAGAAUUAAAGUGAUAUUUAUUCAACCCUGCAGCCACCUGACUGAGGGGGAGCAUCCUGCCGGCUCUGCAUGUUUUCAGAAUCAUCCAUCAAAUGUUAGAUUGAUCAAUAUGAUAAGCCAUUCUUUUAUUCAAGCAUAAUUCAGUUUUUCCCACCUCUUCUGUAGAGUACGGGGUUAAACUAACAAUAUGUAGUCUCUUUGGGUCACACCAGCUGGUCAGUCUUUAGUUUUAUUUAUAUGAAUGUGUUGUUCCAUAUUGUGAUGCUUCUUUGCUGUUAUCUUAUGAUGUUUUUCUAUGAAAACAGACAUUGUAAAUAAAGUUUCUUUUUGCC